AUGGAUCUAAUAAACCAAAAGGCAGCAGUAGAACUUCUGGGUGGAUGGAAUGAGCAAAUUCUGAGUGCUAGAAGUAAACCUGGUCCUUUUUGUGUAAUUGACUGUAAAGAUCAAAAUAGUUUUCGUUCAUGGACAAAUCACUUUGCAAAUUACUUGUAUAAAAAGUGUCCAUUUGAUAGCAGGCUAAACAAGGAACUUACAGUACAUACUGGUAUGCCGAGAAUGAUAGAAUAUCGUGAAUCAUAUAACGGAGCUUGCACGACUUCUGUAGUGAUACCGCCUAGAAGAAAGUCAAAAAAUAUUGAUUUGUUACCUACUGGCCAAUUUGAAGUACCUUCUUUAAAAUACAACGAGAAACUCCCUAUAUAUUUGAAAAAGUUUCAAGACCUACAAGAACUUAAAAGAUUUUGUGAGCCUAAUGAAUCUAAGUACUUUGAAAACUUAUUUAAUAACCACACUACCGAAGAUGAAGACGCUUAAUUUAUGUUAA